GUUUAUAUGUGUGUGUGUGUGUGUGUGUGUGGGUGUGGGUGGGUCACUGUGUGUCUGGGAGCAGACUUUUUUUGUCAGAAUCAUUCAAUUUCCCAGCUCAUUCCCCUUUCAUUCUUGUCUGGCUUUCAUUGCUCACGUUGUGCGUGCGUCUUGUCUUUUACACCGCUCUCUGCCAUGUCGAAGGGCCUGCUAUACUUACCUGUGAAGUUCAAGAAGAACUUCUGCCAUGACGCUGCCGGUAAGUAAACAUUGAGUGGCAAAUGGCUUUAAAACUCAAGCUGCCCAUGACCUCCAGGGUUCACGGACGCGGUUUAAUAAUAGCAGCGCUACGUUGGUCUCCGAGGCCUUUAAAAUGGAUUGCGCUGGGGAAAGAAAAGUUUUCCGUAAUUCACCGAAUUUGUCAUCUCUUUCAGUCGAUCAAGCGAAGCAGCUGGAUUCCGCAGUGUCUCUAGAGGAACUGAAGGAAGCUGUGGCUUGCAGAAAGAAAGGUAGACCAUUAACUCAGGGUGAAGAUGUGACCAAUAUUGACGUGAAAACCAACUGUACCUCCCUCCACACUGUCUCCCUGUGUGGCCCAUCAGAGACAGAGAAACGGGGACAAAGCUCCCACCCCUACAGGCUGGCUGCAGUGUGUCUGGGGCUGCUGUGUGCUCUCUUAUUGACUGCCACAAUAGUCCUGGGUGUCCUCUACAUGUGUGCCGGUGAAGAGGGUGCCCUUCGUCAGAACGAUACAAUAGAGGAAGGGGUUGCGGAACAGCUCAGGGCCAACUGCAGCAUUCACACUGACGACAAUGGACAGCAGCAGGAGAACUACAACAAAAUGGCCGAGGAGAAAAGCCUGAUACAAAAGAACUACAACAAAAUGGCCGAGCAGAAGGACAAGCUGCAGAAGAACUACGACAAAAUGGCCGAGGACAAGGCUCAGCUGCAGAAAAGAAACAAGGUGCUGACCGAAGUCAAUGCUCAGCUGCAGAAAAACUGUAGCACAGUAUGGACAGACUACAAUACCCUGGACAAUGAUAAGAGACAACUGGUUACGGACUACAACGUCCUGGCAAAAGAGAAGAUACAGAGAGAGAGGGACUACAGCGCCUUAGAGACAGAAUGCCAAACUCUGACCAGAGAGAAGAAAAGGGUUGAGGAGGAAAGGAAGACACUGCAGCAACUACUGGAAGAAGAGAGGGACAUGUUUCAGCGAUGGAACCGUACCUUUAUGGUUGUGUUGGAGAACAUGAAACACAAGGAGCAGCUACAGAGGGACUUUGAUGCCGUGUUGGCGAAAUCCCCCUUCCUGGAUCAGUACUGUCCCCUCAGCUUACAGAAGAGAGUGUGCAAGCCCUGUCCACAGGGCUGGGAGCAGUUCUACUCCAAGUGUUACUACUUCUCCACGGAGAGGAAGAGCUGGAUGGAGGGUCGCAGUGACUGCAUUAAGCAGGGAGCUGACCUGGUGGUAAUAAAGAGUGAAGAGGAGCAGGAGUUCAUCACCAAAUACACACGAGAUUAUAACUGGAUUGGACUGAGUGACUCAGAAACAGAGGGCACCUGGCUCUGGGUGGAUGGAAGCCCCCUGCAGAGAGGGUUCUGGAGGAACGGACAGCCGGACGACCAUUUCUGGUUUGACAGUCGCACGCAGUACCAGGAUGCAGACUGUGUGGUGACUGUGCCCGGUGAGAGUGCAUGGAUGGACACGCACUGCUACUCGUACCGCAGGUUCAUCUGCGAGACUGACGCUCUGCUGCUUUAAAAAACCACUUCCUUUGAUGCCAAGUGGGAAAUCUGGGAAAUUUUGUUCAAGAACAUAUGUAAUCAUUUUCCUCAUUUUCCAAAGAUGCUGAAAAUAUCAAAACGUUAUGACCAGGCCAGAACUGUACCUAUGUUUGAGAGGUGAGGCCUUAAAGGGAACAAAACAGAGACUGGCAUAGAGACACAGAAUCCAUUUCCAUGUUGUGAAAUAGUGUUGUGUGAAAUACUGUGAUAUAGAUUUGUGCUUCCCAAAUGCAUGCACAUGUUUGCAUUGAGACACUCUUAUCCAGACAAUCUUACACAGAUUGCAUUUUUACACACAAU